AUGGGCUCUAUACAUUAUCUAUCUAUCUAUCUAUCUAUCUAUCUAUCUAUCUAUCUAUCUAUCUCAGCCUGUUCAUAUCUAUCUAUCUAUCUAUCUAUCUAUCGCAGGUUCUAUGUAUGUCAGCCUGUUCAAAUGUAUCUAUCUAUCUAUCUAUCUAUCUAUCUAUCUAUCUAUCUUAUUUAUUCCCAUCUAUCUAUCUAUCUAUCUAUCACAGGGUUUUUUUUUGUCUUUAUUUCUUAUUUCUUUCUAUCUUUCUUUCUAUCACAGGAUAUUUUUUCUUUCUUUCUUUCUUUCUUUCUUUCUUUCUUUGUCAACCUGUUCAUGCCUAUCUAUCUAUCUAUCUAUCUAUCACAGGAUCUUUAUUUUUCUUUCUUUCUUUUUUUCUUUCUUUCUUUGUCAACUUUUUCAUUCUGUCUAUCUAUCUCUCUAUCUAUGUCAACCAGUUCAUAUCUAUCUAUCUAUCUAUCUAUGUCAACCUGUUCAUAUCUAUCUAUCUAUCUAUCUAUCUAUCUAUCUAUCUAUCUAUCUAUCUAUCUAUCGCAGGAUCUAUGUAUGUCAGCCUGUUCAUAUCUAUCUAUCUAUCUAUCUAUCUAUCUAUCUAUCUAUCUAUCUAUCUAUCUAUCUAUCGCAGGAUCUAUGUAUGUCAGCCUGUUCAUAUCUAUCUAUCUAUCUAUCUAUCUAUCUAUCUAUCUAUGUCCGUCCUUUUCAUUCCUGACUCAUUUCUAUACUGUCAUAACAUUUAAAGUUAUCUACCUCAAAAUAUUUCUACUUAUCAAGACAUACAUUCUUACUAGACUAACCCGAAUAUUUUCUCCUCCCUUCCCAUCCUCUCGUUACCUUUUUCAGUGUAGCUUAAUUUCUCACAAGGCAACAGAUAUUAUUCACGGCAAAUUUAAUUGCACUGAUCUAUCUAUCUAUCUAUCUAUCUAUCUAUCUAUCUAUCUAUCUAUCUAUCUGAUGCACAUCUAUCUAUCUAUCUAUCUAUCUAUCUAUCUAUCUAUCUAUCUAUCUAUCUAUCUAUCUCAACCUGUUCAUAUCUAUCUAUCUAUCUAUCUAUCUAUCUAUCUAUCUAUCUAUCUAUCUAUCUAUCUAUCUGAAAUAAUUGACAUUGAAUAA